AUGUGGCGGAGUUUCGUGCGAUUUCACGUUGCAAUGCGGCAAAAGCUGUGCGUCUCGAUUGUCCCGGCGAGAGCUGCCGCGGUGCGACCGCGUGGGGUGCGCAGCAUUCCGCAGCCGCAACUGUGCGUCGCCCACGCGUGUGCCCGUUGGCCGCCCGCCGGCGGUGUGCGUGGGGCCCUCCACCCAUCGUUUCUUCUGAUGGAACAGCGCCGCGUGUCCGGCGGUGGCGCGCAGGUCGCACAGGGCCAAGGGAGGGAGCAGGGAAAUAAACAACAGUGGACACUUACCAGUACGGUGGAGGAAGUGCUGCUUGAGGGAGAAGGGCCACUUCGUGACAUUAAAUUGAACGAUUUCCUCCGUGAUACAUUAAACGGCAGGGGAGUUGUGGAGGCCAACGAGAAUCUCUCUAUUGAGAAUUUUGUUGCGCAACCCGAGGCAUUUGUCACAAAUAAGAAUGAUCGGCGCCUAAUACUGGCGUCGCCGUCCUACAAAGCGGUAAAGAAAGCAAUUGAAGGUGUACACAAGCUACGUGCGGAUGCACGCAGGCUUAUGGAGCACAGGGUGGGUAACCUCCAACACUGGAAGGAAUUUGCACAGAAGAGCAUCGUCUUCCCCACAACAAGGACAAAGCUCCGAUCAGCCCUUGCGGCGGCGGAGGGAGAGGAAGCGAGGCUAAAGUGGGAAGCCACAGCAACAGCAACAUUUGCACCGGUGAUUCUGGAGGGAUUUUACGACUCUGUUUUCAACGCGACGUGGAGCCACGUCCUGGAAGUUCCCCAGGGCAAAGGUGGGAAAAAGGCGGUCCGAAUGCAAGUGAAAGAGGGCGAACCACCAAUGCAGUCGUGGGUGUACGAUAAGGAUCGUUAUACUUUUCUACCAGUCAACGAUGCAGAGCAGUUUCGCCCGCCGCGCCCAAGGCUGAUGAUACUCGACUCCAAGAAGGGCUGGCCCUAUGUGUGGAUGGGGGGGUGGAGCUCCAAUCCCGACUUCUUUAUUAACUGUGAGGUCGAGCGGGUCUGGCGGAUCGUCGAAGGCGAUCUAAACAGAGCGUUCCGCACCGAAGACCUAAAAUCGUUCCGAAUUACGCGGCGUCUCUUGAUUGGGACGCCAGGGAUCGGGAAAUCGAUGGCCGCCGGCUCCUACCUCCUUUACCAGCUGCUGCACUACGACGAUGAGAAACUCCAAGUGGUUGUCUACUGCUUUGGGGGAGGUUUGGCGUGCGUGUUUGACAAGACUACGAGAACGGUGGCAGAGUACAUGGGUAGGGAGGAUAUUGCCAUUGCAAUUGGAGGUUUGGUUCGGCGUGGGAUGAAGGGGUAUAUUAUCUACGAUGUGUCAGCGAAGGAACACUCGCCAUUGCCUUCUUUUUCGCGCUCCGCCGCAUGGGGCAUGAUUGUGUUGUCCUCUCCAAAGCUAAGAAACUAUCAAGGGUGGGAGAAGCAGGUGGUCGCCAAGCGAAUCAUCAUGAAUUGCCCUGAAAAGCUUGAUGUGAAGGCGAUGUGUGCUUGGGAGAUGCGCGAUAAGUCUGCAGAGGAGCAAGCUCAGUACUGGACGAUGGUUGAGGAGCGCAUGAAUGAAAUCGGACCGAUUCCACGAUACAUCUUUAAUAAGAAGAAGUAUAAGGGACGCGUGGCGGCGGUUAAAAGUGCCUUGAAAGCGAUUCGCGAUUUGGAUGUUAGUCAGUACUUUACGCAAGGAAAUGAGAAGCCGUGGUAUUCUGAAAAUCCGUCUCACAAACUUGUCAAAAUUGUAAGGGCUGUAGAAGACGGCAGUGAGUUCUUUUACAACAAACCGAUAUGCCGUCGCCUCGGAGGUGAAAUACUU